AUCUCUGUGUUGAAGAGAGUUCCCAUCCCCACCCUCCAUCUUCUUCCUACGUCUACUCUCUCUCUCUCUCGUCCUCUCUUCCUCUCUCAGAUUUCUCAUAUUCUUAUUGCAUAUCUCCUGUCGAUCACAUUUGUUCUGGUUUCAACUGUCUAUUUGAUUUCGAUUUCGGUAUGAGGAGAGGGAGAGGAUCCUCCGCCGUCGCCGGAGCAACCGCCGUCGUCCCCGUAGCCACCGCAAAUCACCCCAGAUCUAUAAAGGAACCAAGAUACAGAGGCGUAAGGAAGAGACCGUGGGGUCGAUUCGCUGCAGAGAUCCGUGACCCGUUGAAGAAAUCUCGUGUUUGGCUCGGUACUUUCGACUCCGCCGAAGAAGCCGCACGCGCCUACGACACGGCCGCGCGUAGGCUACGAGGUCCGAAGGCGAAGACCAAUUUUCCGAUCGAUUGUUCUCGGUCUUCUCCGCAACAUCUCAACCACAACCACUACCAACAACAGCAGAAUCCAAAUCUGUGUUCGUUUCCUUUCCCGGCGAAUGAGAAUCGGAUUGAUCCGUUCAUGGACCAUCGGUUAUACACCGGAAAUUUCCCGGAGCAGUUCCCGAUCAUCAGCCGGCCGGCGAGCAGCAGCAUGAGCAGCACCGUCGAGUCCUUCAGCGGGCCGCGACCGCCAGCGAAUCAGACGACAUCGGUAGCGAAACCGACGAAGAGAUACCCGCGGACGCCGCCGGUCGUUCCAGAGGACUGUCACAGCGAUUGCGAUUCGUCGUCUUCGGUUGUUGACGACGGAGAUGACAUCGCGUCGUCUUCUCGCCGGAAACUGCCGUUUCAGUUCGACCUAAAUUUACCGCCGGCGAACGGCGUUGACUUCUUUGUCGUCGGCGAUGAUUUCCACUGCACGGAUCUACGCCUCUGAUGAUGGAUACAUUGCUGUAUAUAGAUGGAAAUAUGCUUGAGGAUAUGAACCCAUCUUUGAGUUGUGUAGAAAAGAAAAAAAAACCCUUUAUGCUGCAGCCUUCUAGUUUCCAGGCAUUGGGCUUGGAUUCGAUGGUGAAAGACUGCAUACGAACUCGAGAAAGAUGACAUUUUUUUUUUUGGUUUGGGCGGCAUUUAGCAGUGUAGGUCAUGGGGCGAGGGCAUCCAUGUAUGUGCCAUAAGGUUUUUUCUGGGUAACCAGAUAUUUUGAAUCAAGAUUCAUACUAAUACCGAGAUCGGGCGUGAGCAAUGUGAUGGUUAACCCAAGAUGGGACUCGAUUUCGGAUGGAAGAUCAUUUUGUGCUUUCGUCUUAUGGUUUGGUUUGGUUGAAUGUGGUUCUCGGGCAUGCAUAUCUAUCCUUUUCUGUCCAUUGAAUCUGGAUUCAGGGUGAAUUCUAGCCGAAUUCGAUAUGAAAAUCAAAUAUAUGGAAAAUUAAUUGGAAAAAUCGAAAAUUUUUGUUGAAUGGUUACGAUUUUUGUAAAACUAAAAAAUCUGAAUCGACGACAUUUUCCCAUACAUUGUUGUUAACUACCAUAAUGUUGCGAAUGUUCGGAGUUGUAGGCCAUGGCGGGCUCUUUAGGUUUGAGUUUGGUGGCCAAAGUGUAAACGUUUGUUCAUGAAAUGCGUUCGGUGUACGUUUUUUCCUUUUUCUUUUUUUAAUUUCGGGUGGCCGGAAUAUGACGUUU